CAUUUUUUUAUCAGUUAGUACCCCAACAAAGUUUUUAAAAAAGAGCACCACGAAUCCCAACACUCGAGAUUGUUUUAGUCUUCGACGGGAGUUGGUUUAGACAAUUAGUUCAAGUAGAACCUCAAUUAAAAUCAAUUCAAAAUGAGUUACUCGUGGGAUCAGCGUGUCGAAUUCAUCGUUCGUCACAUGUACGAUUUGGACAACAACGGCUUCCUGGACAACAACGAUUUCCAGUGCAUGGCGCUGCGUGCCACCGUUAUCGAGGGCAAGGGCAACAUCAACCAGGCUCGCCUCACAGAAUACAGAACCAUCAUGAAGGCACUGUGGGAUGAGAUCUCUGCCCUUGCCGAUUUCGAUAAGGACGGUAAAAUCACCACCGAAGAAUUCAAACAAGCCGUUAAGCAGACCUGCGUUGGCAAACCAUACUCCGAAUUCCCCAAGGCCAUGAAGGCGUUCAUCGAUGCACACUACAAAAUGAUGGACACCGACAACGACGGUCUUGUCAGCAUAGCGGAGUACCGUUACAACUGCAUCACCCGGAUCGCUCUGGAUGACAUCAAACUGGUCGAUGAUUCCUACAACCAACUUGUCAGCGACGAAGACAACAAACGCGGUGGAAUCACCCUGCAGAGAUACCAGGAACUAUACGCCCAGUUCAUGGGCAACGAAGACCCCAAAUGCCCGGCCAUCUUCCUGUAUGGCCCAAUCCCAGAAUAAACUGUUUAAACCAACAUUCGAAGAUUCACCACCCAAGCAACAGAAAUCCACCAACAACCGUACUGCUUUUGCUUAACAGUAAACUAACACCAUCAGGUUUAAGUAUUGAGCAUUAAGAAAAAAAAUAGAGCGAUGCUAGUAGUGAGAAAGAGGAAUCUAACUAAAUCAACUUCUCGACAUCAGACAACAUCCUGAUUCGAAUACUAAAACAUCCCAACUGACUAAAUAAAGCAAACAUCAAAACGUAAAA